UCGAAGCCGGUGUAGAAUUGCUGUGUAGUUCAGUUUCUUCUUCCUUGUUCUUUCGCUUCUAAUCAGCCGGUCGACUUCAGAGAAACAAAUAAUGUCCCAUCAAACUGGCAUUCAAGCUGCUGAAGAAGUGAAAGACAUUUUUGCAAAUGCCAGAAAUGGGAACUAUCGGCUCCUCAAGAUUGUGAUCGAGAAUGAAGAGCUGGUAGUCGGCAGCACCAAACAAGCUGUGAAGACCUGGGACAAAGAAUAUGAUUUGUAUGUUCUUCCUUUAUUAGAGGAUGACCAGCCAUCAUAUAUCCUCUACAGGUUGGACUCACAAAAUGCUCAGGGAUUUGAGUGGAUUUUUCUAGCCUGGUCACCAGAUCAUUCACCUGUGCGACAGAAAAUGCUAUAUGCUGCUACAAGAGCUACUCUGAAAAAAGAAUUUGGGGGUGGACAUAUUAAAGAUGAAAUAUUUGGCACUACAAAGGAGGAGAUGUCUUUGAGCGGAUAUAAAAAGCAUCUGACAUCUCAGGCUGCUCCUCUCCCUCUGACAGCUGCCGAAGAGGAACUGAGGCAAAUAAAACUUAAUGAGGUGAAAACGGAUGUCAGCGUAGACACUAAGCAACAGACAUUGCAGGGAGUUGCCUUUCCAGUGCAAAGAGAUGCAAUUCAAGCUCUGGAACAAUUCAGGGACAAGAAGCUUAAUUAUGUUCAGCUUGAGAUUGAUUUUCAAAAUGAAACCAUUAUCUUGGCAAGCACUGCCCCUACAGAGAUUAAAGACUUGCCAAAGAGGAUACCAAAUGGUUCUGCCCGCUACCACUUCUUCCUCUACAAACAUUCCCAUGAGGGAGAUUACUUGGAAUCUACAGUCUUCAUCUACUCAAUGCCUGGGUACUCUUGUAGCAUCCGGGAGAGAAUGUUGUACUCAAGCUGCAAAAAUCCCUUAAUUGACAUGGUUGAAAACAAACUAAAAAUUGAAAUUAUUAAAAAGAUGGAGAUCGACAGUGGUGAUGAACUGACUGCUGACUUCUUGUAUGAAGAGGUACACCCGAAACAGCAUGCACACAAGCAAGCAUUUGCAAAACCAAAGGGCCCUGGAGGAAAGAGAGGAGUGCGUAGGCUGAUACGAGCACCUGGGGACGAUGAGACAGAGGACGACUAAUUCUCCUUUCAUUCACAAUCAACAACAGAAGACAUUCCAUAGAGUAAAUGCAAAUUAGGUCUAAGUUACCAGCCUUUCUUUUUUUAGUCUCUUGAAAUCAGCCAUAGGUUUAAAGAACUACCUGUAUACACUUCUUUAAUAAGAAACACUAAUAUAAUAGGUAUAAUCUUCCAAGCUACUGUUUUUUUUUCUUGACAUAGUUUACUUUGUUAUUGAGGAAGAACAGAGGGAUGUAUAAACAAAUGCUUGCCACAUUUAAAUAAAAGAUCAUGAGAAUCUGCAAAUUCCUAGUUUAAGUCAAUGAAUAGAAUAAAAGCAUACUUCAGUUUUGAAAUAAUGCUAGACCCAAAGAAUAUGCAAAUUAAACUGCGGUAAAUGCAUUGUGAAAUAUGGCCCACCCUUUUUUUCCAGUUAACGUAGUUGGAAAUUAAUUCAUGCAAUCAGAUUUAUAGAGAAUUUUAGUUGAGAUUUUAGGCCAAAAAUAUAUACAGAAUCUGGUAUUUAUAUAUAAAUGAAUUUGAAUGAGAUUUGUACUACACCACCACUAAGUUUACAAAAAUCUAUUUUUAUAAGGUGAAAGUGGCAUCCUAGUUGUUACUCUUAUAGCUGUUUGUAUAACUGAAGAAAAACACCAAGCAAUAAUGAUUUCUCAAUUCACAUUUAGUAAUCUGUUUUCAAAGGUUUUUCCAGUUUUGGUAUCUACCAUAUGGAUCAAUUAUAACUUUAUUGAAAGAAGUACUAUGAGUCGUGAAAACAGUUUGAUAAUAUAUUUUUUCCAUUUCUUCUAUCUACAUUAUUUUGUCAAGUUUACAGAGAAUCUUAUGAAAUCUGCUGCACAUUUGCACUUGGUGUGGGUGUAAUUAAUUAAAAGUAUCAAAGGCAUUCAAAUCAUAACAGGAAAAUAGUCUGGAGUUUUCUCAGCAAAUACACACCACUAUUUUACAACUGUAUUUGGAAAUACCUUUUAUAUUUAAAUGCAAUUAUACAAAUAUAGAAGUUUUUCCAAUUUAUUUUUAUGUCUUAGAAUAUGUCCGAAUGUUAAAUUUUAAAUGGAAGUUUUAACUUUGUAAGAAAUUGGAAAUUGAUGUGAAUUUCGAAUGUCUACCAUGAAUUCAUUUCUUAUCCUACUGUUAAAUCUACAGUUUCUCACUAAAAAGAAAUAAAACUUCUUUGGUGACUGCA